CGAGAAGAACGUAGAAGUCUCGUGUGAUCUGGCCACUCGGAAUGGCGGUAGCUGUGGAGUAGCCGUUGGUGGCCGAUCGACUUCCCGACCCGCCUCAGCAACGGGAGGGGGCCCUGGCUGAGGUGGUUGCCCUUCCCCCCAUGAGGGAGAGUGGAGGGGGGCGACUGGCCCCUUCCCCAUCUCGUCCUCCUGAGGGAUGAAGGCGGCCCAGGGGGGUGCCGAGGAAUCGGAGAAACUGAAUAAGAUGAGUUCAAUUUUGGAAAGGCUUCAUGUCAAGUUUAAUCCAAACAGCAGACCUUGGACAGAAACCAUGAAGCUUGUCCGGCAAGUCAUGGAAAAACGAGUCGUAAUGAACUCUGGAGGGCAUCAGCACCUUGUCAGCUGCUUGGAAACUUUGCAGAAGGCCUUAAAAGUGACGUCUCUGCCUGCCAUGACAGAUCGCUUGGAGUCCAUUGCUAGACAAAAUGGUCUCGGAUCUCACCUUAGCGCAAAUGGCACUGAGUGUUACAUAACCUCAGACAUGUUCUAUGUGGAAGUCCACUUGGAUCCUGCUGGGCAGCUGUGUGAUGUCAAGGUGGCGCAUCAUGGAGAAAAUCCCGUGAGCUGUUCAGAAUUGGUGCAGCACCUCAGAGAGAGAAACUUCGACGAAUUUUCUAAGCACCUGAAGGGUCUUGUCAAUCUGUAUAAAUUGCCUGGUGACAACAAACUCAAAACUAAAAUGUACCUGGCUCUUCAAUCCUUGGAACUGGACCUUUCAAAGAUGGCAGGAAUGUACUGGCAAGCCACCAAUGCAAGCCCUUUGGACAAGAUUUUGCACGGCAGUGUGGGCUAUCUCACCCCAAGGAGUGGCGGUCACCUGAUGAAUCUGAAGUAUUAUGUUUCCCCCUAUGAUUUGUUUGAAGAAGGUACUGGAGCUCCCAUCAUUCUCAAUGAGAACAAUGUUCCUCGACACCUGGGUAUGAAUGCAUGUGUUACGAUUGAAGGAACUCUGACUAUGAACAAGCUUCCAAUUGCCCCUCUGAUAAUGGGGUCACAUCCUGUGGACAACAAAGGGACUCCCUCCUUCUCUUCAAUCACCAGUGCCAACAGCGUUGAUUUGCCAGCUUGCUUCUUCUUGAAGUUCCCAAGGCCAAUUCCAGUAUCUAGGGCCUUCAUUCAGAAACUUCAGAGCUGCACAGGUAUCCCAUUGUUUGACACACCUCCAACGUAUGUUCCCUUAUAUGAGCUCAUCACACAGUUUGAGCUAUCUAAAGAGACAGACCCUGGACCACUGAACCAUAAUAUGCGCUUCUAUGCGGCUCUGCCAGGACAGCAGCAUUGCUACUUCCUCAAUAAAGAUGCCCCCUUGCCAGAUGGACGAAGCCUUCAAGGAACUCUGCUCAGCAAAAUUGCUUUCCACCAUCCUAGUCGGGUGCCUCUCCUCUUGAACUUGAUUAGGCACCAGGUGGCCUACAACACACUGAUAGGCAGCUGCGUCAAGCGGACAGUCUUAAAAGAAGAUUCCCCAGGGAUCCUGCAGUUUGAAGUCUGUCCCCUGUCCGAUUCGUGUUUCAGUGUGUCAUUUCAGCAUCCUGUAAAUGACUCCUUAGUCUGUGUGGUAAUGGACGUACAAGAUUCUGCCCACGUGAACUGUAAAUUGUAUAAAGGGCUCUCUGAUGCACUCAUUUGCACAGAUGACUUCAUUGCGAAAGUUGUUCAAAGAUGCAUGUCCAUUCCUGUGACCAUGAGAGCCAUCCGCAGAAAAGCUGAGACAAUCCAAGCUGAUACACCAGCGUUGUCCCUCAUUGCUGAGACCGUUGAAGAUAUGGUGAAGAAAAAUUUGCCCCCUGCCAGCAGCCCCGGUUAUGGCAUGACUACUGGCAACAACCCGAUGAGCGGCACCACUACUCCCACCAGCACAUUUCCUGGGGGCCCUAUCUCCACCCUGUUCAGCAUGAGCAUGGGCAUCAAAGAACGCCACGACUCAGUGGGCCAUGGGGAGGACUUCAGCAAAGUCUCUCAGAACCCUAUUCUUACCAGCUUGCUGCAAAUCACAGGCAACGUGGGCUCCACCAUUGGAUCCAGCCCCACCCCUCCCCACCACACCCCUCCCCCAGUGUCAUCUCCAGCAAGCAAUACCAAGAACCACCCCAUGCUCAUGAAUUUGCUAAAGGACAAUCCAACCCAAGAUUUUUCCACCCUCUAUGGGAGCAGCCCAUUGGAGAGGCAGAACUCCUCCUCUGGCUCCCCAAGGAUGGAAAUGGGGCCAGGAGGCAACAAACAAAAGAAGAAAAAGUCACGUAUCCCAGUGGACAAGCCCAAGCAUCAGACUGAAGAUGACUUCCAAAGAGAGCUGUUCUCCAUGGACGUUGAUUCCCAGAACCCAAUCUUUGAUGUCAACAUGACUGCUGAUACCUUGGACACCCCCCAUAUUACUCCAGCACCCAGUCAGUGCAGCACUCCACCAACAACCUAUCCACAGUCCUUACCUCAUGCCCAGUCCAGUAUUCAGAGGAUGGUCCGGCUUUCUAGUUCAGACAGCAUCGGUGCUGAUGUCACAGAUAUCCUUUCUGAUAUAGCAGAAGAAGCAUCCAAACUGCCAGGCACCAGUGAAGAUUGCCCUCCUGUUGGAACACCAGUAAGGGACUCAUCCAGUUCAGGGCAUUCCCAGAGUGCCUUGUUUGAUCCUGAUGUCUUUCAGUCAAACAACAGUGAAAACCCUUAUACUGACCCAGCAGACCUGAUUGCAGAUGCCACUGUCAGCCCAAACAGUGAUUCCUCCAAUCAGUUUUUCCCUGAUGGAGUUGAUUUCAACCCUGAUCUCCUGAACAGCCAGAGCCAAAGCGGUUUUGGAGAGGAGUACUUUGACGAUAGCAGCCAGAGCGGAGAUGCUGACGACUUCAAAGGCUUUGCGCAACAAACGAUAAGUACUCUGGGUGUGCAAGUGCUGGGGGGAGAUGGAGGGGAGAGUAAGUUCAAGGCAAGCAGCCAAGCGGACACAGUCGACUUUAGUAUUAUCACUGCUGCCAGCAAGGCUCUGGGAACCUCUGAUGUCAUGGAGCAUCAUAGCGGAAGCCAGAGCCCCUUGUUGAGUACAGGAGAUUUGGGGAAGGAAAAGUCGCAGAAACGGGUCAAAGAGGGUAAUGGAUCCGGGAGUUCUUUAACAGGCCCUGGGCUGGAUGGCAAGGGAGGAAAACGCAGCCGCACCCCAUCCAGUGAUGGGAAGAGUAAAGAAAAGGUCCAGAAGCGGAGGAAGGUGGAGCCAGAAGGCAAAUCUCCUUCUCAUAGUUCAUCCACCAGGCCUUUCACCCCACCAGCAAGCACAGGUGGCUCAAAAUCUCCUGGAAGUUCAGGCAGGUCUCAGACUCCCCCCGGGGUAGCCACUCCUCCCAUCCCCAAAAUCACCAUCCAGAUUCCCAAGGGAACAGUGACUGUUGGCAAACCUUCCCACGGGCAGUACACGAGCAGUGGCUCAGUCUCCUCUUUGAGCAGCAAAAGUCAUCACAGUCAUUCCUCCUCCUCCUCUUCUUCCUCCUCAUCGUCGUCAUCCUCGUCCUCUUCGUCUUCCUCAUCGACCUCGGGCAAAAUAAAGAGCAGCAAGUCGGACGGUUCUUCUGGAUCCAAGAUGAGCAGCAGCCUCUACUCGGGCCAAGGCGGCUCUGGAUCAGGUCAGUCCAAAAGCUCCGCCCAGUCUGUGGGCAAGCCUGGGUCCUCCCCCAUCACAAAACACGGCCUCAGCAGCGGCUCUGGAGGUACCAAGAUCAAACCUCAAGGGAAGCCAUCAUCGCUUAUGAACCCUUCCAUGAGUAAACCAAACAUUUCUCCUUCUCAUUCUAGACCCUCGGGCGGUUCUGACAAGCUGGCCUCUCCGAUGAAACCCGUUCCAGGUACUCCCCCGUCGUCUAAAGCAAAGUCCCCUAUUAGUUCCAGUUCUGGAGGCUCACACAUGUCUGGGACAGGAUCAAGCUCAAGCAUGAAGUCCUCUUCAGGAAUGGGGUCCUCCGGUUCCGUGUCCCAGAAGCCACCCCCUUCUUCAAACUCUUCAACAGCAUCCUCAUCUUCCUUUUCAUCUGGCAGUUCUUCCAUGUCCUCAUCUCAGAACCAGCACGUGAGUUCAAAAGGCAAGUCUCCAAGCCGGAACAAGAAGCCAUCUUUGACUGCUGUCAUCGAUAAACUCAAGCAUGGUGUCGUUACCAGUGGCCCCGGCGGGGAAGACUCAAUGGAUGGACAGAUGGUCCAAAGUUCCAGUUCUUCAAGCCACUCCAUGUCCUCCAAACACAACUUGUCUGGAGGUGAAUUGCAGGGGAAGCGUGAGAGAAGUGACAAAGAGAAAUCUAAAGUCUCAGUUUCAGGAGGUUCUUCUGACUCUUCCAAGAAGGCGUCUGAUUCAAAGAAUGUUGGAAGCACUGGAGUUGCCAAGAUCAUCAUCAGCAAACAUGAUGGUGGCUCUCCCAGCAUUAAAGCCAAAGUUACCUUGCAAAAACCUGGAGAAGGAGGUGGAGAUGGUUUAAGGCCUCAGAUGACAUCUUCCAAAAGUUAUGGAUCACCCCUGAUAAGUGGGUCUACUCCGAAGCAUGAGCGCUGUUCUCCCAGCCACAGCAAAUCUCCUGCAUAUACUCCCCAAAAUAUUGACAGUGAGAGCGAAUCGGGAUCAUCCAUCGCCGAGAAAUCCUAUCAAAACAGCCCCAGCUCUGAUGAUGGAAUUCGGCCACUUCCUGAAUAUAGCUCAGAAAAGCACAAGAAGCACAAAAAGGAGAAGAAGAAAGUGAAAGAUAAAGACAGGGACAGGGAAAGGGACCGUGACAAAGAGAGGGACAAAAAGAAAACGCACAGCAUGAAGCCAGAGAGCUGGUCUAAAUCCCCCAUCUCUUCAGAGCAAUCUCUGUCUAUGGCAAGUAGCACCAUUCUUACAUCAGACAGGCCCUCCCGUCCCAGCCCUGAUUUUUUGAUUGGGGAGGAAGAUGAUGAUCUGAUGGAUGUUGCCCUGAUAAGAAAUUAAUUUUUUUUCCUGGGUGGUGUCUCAUUUUGUUUCUUUGAGGAUACUUUUUAAAGACGGGCUUAUGGAGCACCCAAAUGGUUUCUAAUAAAAACUAAGCCUUUGAUUUGUA